CGUACUUGUACAUUCCUGUCCUUCUCCCAUCCUUACUCCCACUGCAUGUAGCUUUGUCGUGCGCUUGCUGUAGUUUUACCUAGCUCAAGGCAAGCCUCAGCCCCGACCAUUCACACCAUGGCCAAGGUUUUCGAUUACGCCGAGGUCGCAAAGCACAACACGGCUGAAAGCUGCUGGGUCAUCCUGUACGGCAAUGUCUACGAUGUAACGCGCUUCCUGCCAGAGCAUCCUGGCGGCACCAAGGUCAUCCUCCAGCUCGCGGGCAAGGACGCCACGGAAGAAUACGAUCCUAUUCAUCCACCGGGCAUCCUCGAAGAAAACCUCGAAGCUUCCGACAAGCUCGGCACAGUCAACCCAGACACGCUGCCGAGAGAGGAGAAGACACCAAAGGAAACAGGCGAGGCGCCGCAACAAGAAGGGCCCGUGGAUCUGGACAGUCUUCUGAAUCUCGAUGACAUUGAAGAGGUAGCGACCAGGCAGAUACCGCACAAGGCAUGGGCAUACUACUUCUCUGCGAGCGACGACCUGCAGAGCAAGUCGUUCAACAAUGCCGUCUACCGGCGCAUACUGCUGCGCCCACGCGUCUUUGUCGACUGCACGCGCUGCGACACGUCGACGUCGUUCCUCGGGCACAAAGUCAAGCUGCCCAUAUACGUCUCACCCGCCGCAAUGGCCCGAUUGGCACAUGCAGACGGCGAGUGGGGGAUCGCACAGGCAUGCGAAAAGUACGGUGCCAUGCACCUCAUUUCGCACAAUGCAUCCAUGACGCCCGAGCAGAUUGUUGCUGACGCCAAGCCAGGCCAGGUGUUUGGAUGGCAGCUGUACGUGCAAAAUGAGCGACGCAAGAGCGAAGCCAUGCUCGCUCGCACCAACAAGCUUGAUUGCAUCAAGUUCAUCUGCCUCACACUCGACGCGCCCGUGCCAGGGAAGCGCGAGCACGACGAGCGCGGCAAAAACGUUGCGUCAAAUCUGCCCGUGCGCGCCGCUGUCCAGGAAUCCCAAAGUGCUAGCAAGACGUCGCCUGAUGCAAAGACACCGACACAAGCAAGCGAGAAUGACAAGCCCAAGCCAAAGGCCAUGGGCGUGGGCCAGAGCCUGUUCUGGGGCACAGCGGCGGACUUGACAUGGAGCACUACGCUGCCUUGGCUCAGGAAGCACACAGACAAGCCCAUUGUGCUCAAGGGCAUUCAGACACACGAAGACGCUUACCUGGCUUCUCUCCACGCUCCACACGUCAAGGCCAUCAUCCUGUCCAACCACGGUGGCAGGGCUCUGGACACGGCACCACCAGCCGUACACACGUUGCUCGAAAUUCGAAAGUACUGCCCAGAAGUCUUUGAUCGCGUCGAAGUCUGGGUUGACGGCGGUAUCAAGCGCGGAACCGACGUUGUCAAGGCCCUUUGUCUAGGUGCCAGGGGCGUAGGCAUUGGGCGAGCACCGCUAUUUGGUCUUGGAGCUGGAGGCAAAGAAGGUGUGGAGAGGGUGCUUGAAAUCCUCAAGGCCGAAACCGAAACAUGCAUGCGUCUUCUCGGCGUGGAGAAGAUUGAGCAAUUGGGCAUGCAACAUAUCAAUACUAGAGCUGUCGAGCGUGAUAUCUGGGAUGGUCCGUUGCUAGAGCGAGACGCAGUCAAAGCUAAGCUUUAGACGUGGGGUUUGAAUGCCUGCAUGCGGCAUAUAUGCAAACUGCACUCCGUUGUAUGGUGGUGUUUCAAACAAGCCCGGCGAUAGUCAGUAGAAGGGGUUGAGGGGGGUUUUUUUUUCAUUCAUGUGUAUAUCUGAUAUGUGUUAUGCACGUCCACAUUCAUACCGAGGGGAGAAGAAAGGGAAAAGGAGGACGCUUCCACCGGGAUGACUAUUAUUAACCAAAAAUAAGCCGGACCGGUGGGGGAUGGCGCAGUGGUGGAGCGCCUGGAAAAUUUUCUGCUGUCUCACGUCAGCAAAGAUCGAAGGUUCGAAUCCU